AUGGAUGCUGAACUUCCAGGUGGGGUAAAUGUCGGCGAUUGCUCAGCGCGGUUUACAUCCAGGGUAUCCGAGGGACUCACUCCACCAGGAUAUAAGACACACAGCAAACCUGGCUCAAAUCAACCAUCCAAAGAUACGCCCAUCGACAUGUCCUACCCGACAUUCAAUUUCCACACGACCGCUGAAGACGUUGCGACGGCUUUUGCGGAUUACAUCAAGGGAAAGAACGUUAUUGUCACCGGCACCUCCAUCAACGGAAUAGGUUUUGAAGCUGCACGGGUGAUCGCGAAAUAUGCGAAUCUUGUUGUGAUCACUGGGUACAACGAGGAGCGGUUGAAACUCGCUGAGGCGGCAAUCAAGAAGGAGGUACCGCAGGCUAACAUUCGGAUCCUCAUCCUCGACCUCUCGUCCCUCGCCGCCGUGCGAGCCGCAGCAGCACAGGUCAACGCCUAUGAAGAGCCAAUCCACGUCCUGAUCAACAAUGCCGCGGCGCCGGUGGCUCCGCUGAAGCUCACCGUGGACGGACUGGAGCGUCAGAUGGCUACCGACCAUUUCGGGCCGUUCCUCUUCACUGCGCUCAUUACGUCGAAGAUUCUUGCAGCCCGGAUGGAGAAUUUCACGCCGCGGGUCGUAUUCGUGUCGAGUAUCGGGCAUAGCCUGUGUCAGGGAGUUGACUUUGGAACGCUGAGGAAGCCGAACGCGGAUACGUACGGGGCGUUCAAUGCUUACUUCCAAGCCAAGUCUGCCAACGUAUUGACGGCGGCUGAGCUCUCGCGGAGGUCCGGUGGGAAGAUCAACAGCUAUAGUCUGCAUCCUGGAACGAUCCUGACAAACCUCGUUGGCAAGGAAGAGUCGCAGGAGCAUCUCAAGGAACUGGGUGUCUUACUGCCCGACGGCCAACAGAACACUAAGAUCGUUGAGUGGAAGACGAUCCCGGAGGGCACGGCUACGACCGUGGCUGCGGCGUUCGACCCCCGCCUCGAUGCGACCCCCGGAGCAUACCUCGACGAUUCCCAGGUCGCCAAUGACAAAAUCGAAGAACACUCUGCGGAUCCGGCUAAUGCGGCCAAACUGUGGGAUCUGUCGGAGGAAAUUGUUGCAACGAAGUUCAUCUUCGAGUAGAAAAACGGUUGUGUAGCAUGGCACGAGAUCCCGUCGUACCCACCUACCAUUUGUGACAGC